UUCUGCUUCCUUCCAAGCGCAAGAGGUGAAUGCGGGAAAAACGACGAGAAAUGGUAUUUUGACACGCAGAUGAAAAAAUGCCUGCCUUUCCUGUAUGGAGGUUGUGGUGGUAACAAAAACAGAUUUGAAACGAUGGACGACUGCAGCAGAGCUUGC